CCAUCAGUAGGCAAGGCAGAUUAAGGAUUACUGACCUUGACAAGUUAACAGCAGUCAUUAGUCUCAGAAAAUAUACCUAGAGGAAAAAUGAAGUUUACUUUUCGGUUCCAAGUUGAGGUCCAAGAAAAUGAAACAAUUUAAAAAUCCUGGUUUGUCAACAAAUCUGAAAUGUGGAAUCUGAGGUCCUUUGAUGCUGGUUUGGACUGAGAAGAUGUUUAACAAAGUGGAAAGGUUCUGUAAGGUGUUGGGGUCAUGAUGUCACUGGGUUGUUACAAAGAGGUGAACCUGGACUAAACAAACGAGUUCUACUCGUUUUGACUGAUUUGACCUGUGCAAAGUACUUAGGUCAGUAUGGAGAGGUGGAGACAGAAACAGGUUCGUGGUCUCAGAGACAGGUUGGUAAGACUAUUCUUCAGCCCGCUCUGCUCAGACAGGUUCUGCCCUGCAGAGGGACACAUUCUCUUAUUGCUCUUGGCUAACAGCAGGUCUGCUCACCUGGAGAGGGCGGGGCCUAACAAAGCAUUACCUCAUGCGUACAUUCACAUCUUUUACACCUGGGGACUCACACUCAGUUUGGAUUUUAUUCUGAACGUCUGGACCAUGAAGGCGAAGGACAAAGAACCGACGGACCAAAAGGAGGCAAAUAAAGAUCAGAGAGACAAGGAAGGAGAGGAUGAAGGUUGGCCCCUUAAAAAAGACGACUCAUCUUCUGUCCCCAUGGACAGCAACCUGUCAGGUGAUUAUGGUGCUGCUGACAGCCCACAGAGCUCUGUUUUCACAAGGGACAAACUGUUUAAAGCUGCGUCCCGGGGGGACAAAACAAAGCUCAUCGGCCUGCUUGAAUACCUGCAAGUCAACAAGAAGAAACUCACAAGCUCAGAUUUUACAGAUGAAACAAAUGGGAAAACGGUGCUCCUGAAAGCUUUACUGAACCUGAAAGAUGGAAUAAACGACACAGUUCAGGUUUUCAUCGACACCGCAGAGAAAACCGGGGAUUUAGAAAAUUUGAUCAAUGCAUCUUAUACAGAUGCCUACUACAAAGGUCAAACGGCCCUGCACGUUGCCAUAGAAAGGAGGAGCUUAGAUCACGUCAAGCUGUUGGUUCAGAAUGGAGCAGAUGUGCAAGCCAAGGCCAGUGGCAAAUUUUUCCAGUAUAAAUCCAGACGGGGCUUUUAUUUUGGGGAGCUUCCUCUGUCUCUGGCUGCCUGCACAAACCAGCCGGACGUCGUGUCCUUCCUCAUAGACAACCCUUACAGAAGGGCUGACCCCAGCGAUAAAGACUCGCUGGGGAACACCGUGCUGCACACCUUGGUGGUCAUAGCAGAUGACACAAAAGAAAACACAGAAAUGGCUGCGAGGAUGUACGAUAAAAUUCUCCUUCAGCACUAUAAACUGGAGGAAAACAGAGGCAUUAAUUUGGAAUCGAUUGAAAAUAAAAAAGGUCUGACUCCCCUGAAGUUAGCUGCCAAGCUGGGGAGGAUCGGGCUGUUCAGACACAUGCUGAAUCGAGAAUUUGUGGACGAGGAGACGAGGCCGCUGUCGAGGAAGUUCACAGAGUGGGUUUACGGACCCGUUCACGCCUCACUUUAUGACAUGAGCUCUGUCGACACCAACGAAAACAACUCUGUGUUGGAGAUAAUUGUUUUUGGAAGCCAAAUACCGAACCGUCCUGAGAUGCUCCAGAUCGAACCUCUGCGCAGCCUUCUUCGUGAUAAAUGGCAGAGAUUUGCUUCCAAAUUAUUCCUCAUGAAUUUGGGGAUUUAUUUGAUUUACCUGACCAUCUUCACCACUGUGGCUUUCUACAGGAGGGACGGACAGCCACCAUUUCCGAUAGAAACCCCUCCAGAUGACCACCUCCGAUGUGUCGGUGAGAUCAUCAGUCUCCUCGGAGCUGUCUGGUUUCUCUAUAAGACGAUUAAGAUCUUCAAACGAAACCCUCCAAACAUUAGAGCUCUGUUUACUGAUGGAUUCAGUGAAAUUCUGUUUUUCCUGCAGGCAGUCCUCCUCCUGGUUGCUGCCUUGCUGUACUUCAUUGGGCUGAGGGAAUAUGUCGGGCCCCUGGCCAUCUCUCUGGCGCUGGCCUGGAUCAAUGUUCUGUAUUACACAAGAGGAUCCAGGCAGCUGGGGAUUUACAACGUCAUGAUGCAAAGAAUGAUCCUGGGUGACCUCCUACACUUUCUGUGUGUCUACAGCAUCUUGCAUUUUGGAUUUUCUGCUGCUGUUGUUACUCUGAUGGUUGACUCACCCGUGAUUAUGAAAAAUGACACUGUGGCACAAGAAUGGAGUCUGAACGUUCAAACGUUCACGUGCAGGAAGCCCAGUUACAGUGACAUCCGUUUCACGAUGCUGGAAUUGUUCAAGUUCACGAUCGGAAUGGGAGAUCUGGAAUUUACCGACCACGUCCAGUACAAGGAAGUGUUUAACGUCCUGCUCAUCUCGUACAUCGCUCUCACCUACAUCCUGAUGCUCAACAUGCUCAUCGCUCUGAUGGGCAACACGGUCCAAAAGAUCUCUGAGCAAAGCGAGACCAUCUGGAACCUGCAGAGAGCCUUCACGAUUUUGGACAUGGAGCAGGACCUUCCCAGGUGUCUGAAGCGUAAGCUGCAGUCCAGAGGGUCGGAGAUCAUCUGCUUAGGAAAAACCCAGGACAGAUGUCGAAGAUUUGUUAGGGUGACUGAAAAGAAUUGGAAAAAAUGGAGGUCUGAUGUUGGAGUAAAGCUGAAUGAAGACCCUGUGAAUCCUGUAAUGGAAGGACAAGCUGAAGCUGAAUCUCCUGGGACUCCGUGGAACAUAAAUCAGCUUAUGGAGAGGAUUUGGAGUCGUCGACACCAACAGCAGCAAAACCACGUUCUCUAGCUCCAAAUCUUUUUUUUUUUUUAAUGGAAGCUUUUUUUUAUUUCUUGAAAUAACCUGUAAUUAAUGCUCUCUUAGAAAAUGGAGGACAAUCAAAUCUCCACUACACUGCUAGUUUUCAAAAUAUUUUUUCACAUAUCUUAUAUAUAUUUAUACAAUUUAUAUUUUAUUCAUUUUAUUUGUGCAACAAUGAACAUGAUUAAUGAACAAGUUUUCAUCUGUUUGUUGCUGGAUGUUAGUUUAAUCUAAAAAAACUAAAUAACAUUGAAAAACACUAAGAACUAACAACACACAAAAGCUUAGAAUAACACAUAAACAAAAUGAAAAAUAAAUCAAAAUAUUUUACAAACAUUGAUAAUGGUCACAAGUUUGAUUUUUUUAGUGAUAUGUUUAUUUUUAAUUUGGCAUAAGUGUAUAAAGUGUAAGUUUCCAUAAUGCAUUUAUUACAUUUUUAGAAAAUAUCAUUUGUUGACAUAUUUUAAUGUUCCAUACAAGACUCUUUAUAUUAAAAUAACAAAGCAAAAAUUUAACUUUGUGUGUGUGCUAAAAUUGUACAUAUUUACGUUAGGUUUGAUAUACUGUUAAAUAAACUGAUUCGAUGUUGUCAAUAAAAAUAAAAUAAAAUAA